UUGCUGAACCAGUUGUUUUUAAUGUCCUUAAAAUGUGUUUCAGAUUCAUUCAGAUGUGAUGAGUUAUCUUCUAUGUAUUAUGGUUAUAUUGGGAACUAGAAUUUGAUUUGUUUUGUGUUUGAUUGUAUCUUAUAAUCACAUGUAGGCUGGUGUAUAUUAUCAUUUAACACUAGCUAUUAGCUGUUUACCUGUAUUUGCUAAGGUGUUGCUAGGGUGUUGCUAGGGUGUUGCGAGUACACAAUACUUUUCAUCCUGAUCUUAUAUAAAUUACGUGACUGUGGCGACAUUUUUGCAAAAUUAUAUAAUGUGGUUCAUUACACGUAUCGCCGCAUGUUCGAGGUGAAACGCAAGUUGCUCUAAAUGUUCAACCAAUAGAUACGUUUUUUAAGGUUAAUGAUCUAUCGAGUUUUAAAUGAAGAAAACUGACCCCCCCUACCCUAAACUUUAAACCUAAACCUAUCCGAUAGUGUCAAAACAAGCAAAUGUGGGAUGAAAAACCCCUCCACGUUAUUUUGCGUUGCUUCUAUGACACUUUUGUCUCACGUGUUGACUUGUGUGCUCUUCAGGACUCCGAUCCUUUACAUCACAAGUGCAACGCUCGAUCAGUCGAGCUACCGUACAAUUUGACCACACUCGAACAAGCUAAAUGUAGUUGUUUAAGUUAUGCAAAUGUUCAAAUGAGUCAUGCACUAUAGGAAGUGUUUAGAUGCCAUAAGAUAGCACUGUGUGAGGAACAGAGAGAAAAGUCAGUGUUUAUGAACUGAUAAUCCGUCAUGAUUUCUGUGAAAGUGUUUAAAAGUCAUUGUUGUUGUAUCAAUGUGAGCCUCUAGUGUUCAUUUCAGCAGGAAACUGCCACAAUACGUACAACAAGGCACGUACAGUUCAUUUAGCAAAAAUGUAGGUAUAGAAAAGUGAUUCUAUAAUACCAGGAUGUUAUUUUUGGAUGUAGUUAGUACCAAUUAUUGAGAAAAAUAAAGUGGAAUUAUAGUCUGUAAAUUCUUUACAGUUCCCAUCCAUACCUGCGGUCAGAUGUCCUCUGAUAUCCCACGCAACGGCAGUCGUCUGGGAUGUGGUGAUGGAGGGGACGUCAGAUACGAGACUCCACCCGCCUCUGAACUCCAGAGAUUACUGUGGAUCAAACCGGGCACCAGCGGACACCUGGAUGAGGUCAGACCUGGAAUAUACAUCGGAGACAUGUACGCCGCGAAAGACAAACAUAUGCUACAAUCUUUAAACAUCACACAUGUGCUGAACGCAGCUCAUGGGAAGUUCAACGUAAACACGGGAGCGAGCUUUUACAGAGACACUAAAAUCACAUAUCACGGCGUGGAGGCAUUUGACAUGCCCUCAUUCGACAUGAGCCCCUUCUUCUACUCUGCCGCCAAAUUUAUUAAGAGUGUCAUGAGCACCCCUGGAGGUAAGGUGCUUGUGCACUGUGCUAUGGGUUUAAGUCGCUCAUCAACACUGGUGUUGGCGUAUUUGAUGAUUCAUGAAGAGAUGACGCUGGUGAAGGCCAUUAAAGCAGUUGCUGAACACAGAAAUAUCUGUCCAAACUCUGGAUUCAUGGAACAGCUCCGCCAACUGGACAAAAAACUGCACUGUCAAAGCGCUGCUCUCUGACGCUCCACCAGUUACAUUGACAUUAUAAUGUUUAACAUUAAAUGUAAUGUUUUUUACAAAAUACAUAGUUCAGAAAUUGUCUUAAAUGAAUAUUCCAAGUGUGCGUAGAAUCCAGGGGUGAUUGGGUGGGAGGUAACACCUUCAGUAGUCAAAACACCCCCCCACACACGAAAUUUGUGUGUUUUUUACAAGAUUCGAGACCUGCCAUAGGAAAUUAAUGGGUGAGACUAUGACACAGAGCAUUUUUAGACAAUGCAGAACACACAUAAAUUAAGGUGUGACACUAUAAAACAUCCACAAUGUGACACACACACACACACGCAUAUGUACACACACAAACAUGCACACACAGAUGUUCAAGCCAAAUCUGCGCCCUUGCAUAAAUGUAACUACAGAAACAUUUGCUGUGUCAUCCAUUUGUGUUGCUUGUAAAUGGCUUUAUCAUGUUGAAGAAUCUAUAAAAG